UGAUAUUGAAAGCAAACUACCACUAGAUGUCGCUUACAUCACAUUUUAUGACAUCAUCAAGUAAAUCACUGAGCUCCAAAAUCCCCAGAGAGCUUUUUAGUAUAGACGGUGCCUCUCCUGAUUAUUCUGGUCCGGACACUCCAAGACCAACAGGGGAAGCUGGUGCUCUCCUCGCAUCGCUUGAGAAGCUCAGACGGUCGAGCGGAGGUCCAGGGAAUGGAGAGAGCUUGCCAUCGGAGAGCACCAGGCAUUAAGGUAUAGCUAAAAAGGGCAUUAGCCUAUUACUGCAAUAAUAAGUAAGAAGCCACCUGCCAAGCAAUGGAUAUAUGGUGACCAGGAAAAUGUAAAGCUGUAGCCAAACAGGGCCCAAAAGCACAUGUGGUUUGGAAUCUGCAAAAGGUUAUAUUUGUGGAGACUAAAUGAAUUAAUGGGAGUUAGCUUGGAUUAAUAGCAAGGCACGUUCUCAUAAUCAGUAUCCAAGGGAUUUACUAAACAAUCUGAAAACUUGCAAAAAGUUAAAUCUGGCAUGAGCCAAAUUGUAGUGAUCAUAUGGCACUCUAACAUCCAUGCAAUUUAAUAAGUGAUACGUUUUCCUCAAUAAAUAAACAUCACGAAUCAUCCCAAAACAAGCCACAUUUAGGUGUGUUAAGAUGGUUUUCAUAGAAGAUAAGUUUAUUCCAAAUUACCAUUAAAAUGUAUGGAUGUUAGGGUGCCAAGUUUUAAGAUCAAUAUCAUUUGGUUCAAGCCAGAUUGAACUUUUUGGAAUGUUGGUUAGUAAAUAAUCAGUUUCAUGAAAAGGAGCUGGAUGACAGGAAGCCAAUCUGAAUAGGAAGCUGGGAGAAUAUGAAGCUAACUUCAGCCUUCCGAUGAGAAGCUUAUUUCAUAGUAUUGUUUACAUCUCUACCCCUACUUAACUCCUGACAUACAUCAUUCCUGGCUGGCUGAGGCCAUGAGAAAAGGGUGAUACCUCGCACAGAUUUUAUUUCUCCCCUCUGUAUCAUGAUUAGCCAACUGCAUUCCUUCUGCUAUUAGUAUAAUGUCAGCUAUCACAAUCCACAAUUCAAUGACUUGCAGAGUGUAAUACAGAGCUCCAUACAGAGCUUUUUAUAGCAGAACAUCCCAUCAGCAUUGUUGGAUGACAUGUUCCAAACACUUAUUACCAUUGUAGACUGUGGCACUGAUGGAGAGGGUGAAUGGACCAGCAGGUUAAUUCCCAGGUCCCUACAAAAAAAUGGAGGCCUAAUGAGCAGUAUGAGACAUAGCUACUACUUUCAAGAAGAUGGCCCUAAUUAGGUACUUUGCCAAUAUAGUCAUCAUUUCAUUGCAUUUACAGUUAUACUGUGUCAUACUGAUUAAUAAAAUAUGUUAAGGCAUUAAAAAAGUAUUUUGAUCGAAUGAUGAAAGUGACUGCUACUUGAGAUUCCCAGUUGUUAUUUAUUUCAUAUUUAUACAUCUCCACAGAUAAAGUUGAUGUCCAUAUAUUAAUUUGCAGGACAUGCAAAGAUCUCCUGCUGAAGGUGGAGAUUGUUCCAGUCAGUCCAUUGAACAGGAAAUCCAAGGCAAUGCUGCUUCUGAGGAAUACCCAGCCAGGUACAUUAAAAAACAGCCCUGUAUUUAUAUGAAGUCCCUAUUCAAGCAAUAUUUGACAAAAGUCAUAUAAGCAAAUUAAUUGCUGAAUUCACAUCCACACUAACAAUGUGUAUUUUUUGAAUUUUAAGGGUUGUUUAAAGCUUGUUAGUAUGGAAAAAUAGUUAAAUGUAAGCAUUAGUGAGUGUUCCAGUAUUUUCUAGAUUUCUAUAUGGAAUUACGUCAUAUAUGACUCUGUAUAUAAUUAUAUAUUUAUGUAAUCUCUAUGUCCUCACCAAAUAUAUUUGCACUGUCAUAGAGUGUUUAAAAGAUCUGCCUAUGUCAAAACAGAUAAUUAAAUUCCUGCACAGUUGAAUGCUUGAAUAUUAAACAUUUCACCUGUUUGAAUCUCCGGAUCUGCUUCUGUCAUAUUUAGCCUCCAAGUUGUAAAUUAUUGUGAAUUCAAAGGGAAUUACAAAAUUUAUAUUCAAUAAAUGUUGACUAGUACAAAGGACAUUACAAAAAAAGGAGAAUAAUACAUGUCAUUUAAUUAGAGAUUUAACACAGAGCUAUUCAUAUAUAAAAGUCCUUAUCAAUGCAUGCUGCUUAAAAAUUGGUUGGUGAACUGAAUGAAAACCAGAAUCCCUCCCAACAGUUUACCCUGGUAUAAGUUUGAAUGGCUCCAUAAAUGGGAGCAUAAUAGCAUGACUUGCUAUGCUCAAUAAGUAAUUAUACUGUCCUGCGCUCAAACUCCCACUACUCCUGGACAGCAUCAAUGACUAUAGUACACAUCAGCCAGAUACAUACAAUAAAAAAGUUACUAUCCUAAAUCCCUAUGCAUAAUGAAAUAACUGGAGAUUUUUUAGUAUCACUCCAAUGGCCAUUUAAGUGUAAGCUCACCUGCCACGUCAAGGCAAAAUCUCUCAGUUGAGCUUAAUUCUGUAUGUUUGUUUUUUUAUUUUAUUACACAGCCAUGUUACAAUGCUGCCACUCACCCCAUGUGUUCUCUAUUAAGGGUUCAUAGAUGUUUAUGGGUUUAGAGAGAUACCCCUCCCUCUCUCAUUAGAGAUUUUUACCUGUUAGUUGAAGACCGCAAGAUGAAUUGUUAGUGCAGGACCCACUUAAGAGGUUUGCCUUGACAUGGUAGCUGAGCGUACACUAAAAUGGCCAUUAGAGUGAUACUAAAAAAUCUUCAGUUAUUUAAAUGUGCAUAGGGAUUUGGGAUUGUGCGCAAGUAACUUUUUUUUUUUUUUUGGUUUUUAGGGCAAUACAGAACGCCAAUAUUUUGAGACAUGGCACCCAGACCGCUUCAUUGAGAUAAAGUGGUGUGAGUGCCUAUAGUCCUCUUAACACUAAACACCGUAUAUAAUCUAACUUUGAUAUUAAAGGGACAUAACAGUCACCAUAGCAACUUUGUCUAAAUUAAGUUGUUAUGGAGCCAGGAGGCCCCAGGGUGCACUCUUACCUUAAGGAGUUAAACCAUUCUCAAACUGCUUAACCCCAAAGAUUGCCUCCAGGGCCAAUCUCCAGGUCCUCCGGGUGGCAUCCGGCUUCUGAAUCUGAGUUACAGGAAGCACGAAGUGCACCAGGCAGGGCCGCCGCUAAUCGGCUAUAGAGAUCAACUAUCACUCUAAGCCAAUCAGUAGCGUACCAUUUUCAAAAAAUGUGCCUUGUUAAAUUUUAAUAUACAGGUUUUUUUUAAUGUUUUUAUGUCUGUAAUGCCCAGUUAAUAAAUUCAUGAAACUCACUGUUUAUUAUUUGGAGUGUGGUAGGGAUGCAGGUGGUGCUUUUAGAAUUCUGUUUCUACAGAACUGUUGAGUAAAUCCGGCCCCACCCACCAGGGCUGGACUGGCCCACCGGGAUACCGGGAAAUUUCCUGGUGGGCCGUCGGCACCUGGGGCCGGGCCGGCAGCUGGCUCCCCUGCCGCCGCAGAGAGAGCUCUUCUGGCGGCCGCAGGGGGAGCUGGCUGUUCUGGCGGCCACAGGGGGAGCUGGCUCUUCUGUCUCUGCUCCCCCUCCCCAGCGCACUACAAAGAGAUCGGGGCUGGAGUAUGAUGUCAUAUUCCGGACCCGGUCUCAUUAAGCGGCGCGCUGGAGCGGGGUAGCAGAGGCAGAACAGCCAGCUUCCCCUGCGGCCGCCAGAAGACUCAGCUCCCCCAUGCGGCCGCCAGCACAAAGGUAGAAACUAUGUGUGUCAGUGUGAGUGUAUGUGUGUCUGUGUCAUGGUGUGUGUGUCUCUGUCCAUCAUGGUGUGUGUGUCUGUGUCAUGGUCUGUCUGUGUCAUGGUCUGUCUGUGUCAUGGUGUGUGUUUGUCAUGGUGUGUGUGUCUGUCUGUGUCACCGUGUGUGUGUGUCUGUGUCACGGUCUCUCUGGGUCAUGGUGCCUGUGUGUUAUGGUGUGUGUGUCCGUCUGUGUCAUGUAAUGUUUGUCUGUGUCACAGUGUGUGUUUGUGUCACAGUCUGUCUGUGUUAUGGUGUGUUUCUGUCAUGGUGUGUGUGUGUGUGUCUCUGUCAUGGUGUGUGUCUGUCUGUGUCAUGGUGUGUCUGUGUUUCUGUCUGUGUCACGGUGUGUGUGUCUGUGUCACGGUCUGUCUGUGUCAUGGUGUGUGUCUGUCAUGGUAUGUGUGUUUUUACUCACCUUUUUCCCCCCCACGUCGUGCUGGUCUCCCCUCGACUGGCCCUGCCUCAAUGGCUGAGAUCAUCAAGCUUGAUGAUCUCAGCCAAUCCGCACUGACACAGGAAGCACCUCUAGUGACCGUCUGAGUGUCUGUCACUAGGAAGCAAUGUAAACACUGCCUUUUCUCUAAAAAGUCAGUGUUUACAUUGAAAAGUCUGCAGGGACAGGCUAUAGACACCAGAACCACUACAUUAAGCUGUGUGUGUGUGCGUGUGUGUGCGUGCGCGCGCGCGUUUGUGCGUGCCUGCUACUGAGUGAGCUUGUGUUUUUAUGUCAAUGACCUUAUGUAUAUCAGUGAGAUUGUUUGUUUAUGAGGCUGUGUAUCAAUCAUCUUGUGUCAGUGAGAUUGUCUGUGUCUGCAUGUGAGUAUGCUUACUGUAUAAUUAAAAAUUUUACUCUGAAAGGACCAAUAUUUUAUAUUGGAAAAAGCAAUAUAUAUAUCAAUCAUCUAGGGUGGCAAGACAUAGCCUUACAUAUUACAUGCGACAAUAUAUGGCGCAAUGACUUAUGGGGCUGACAUAAAUUUCUUUUUUUUCCAGGGCUGCUUUGGAAUCCCCAGUCCGGCCCUGCCACCCACUAAAGGUGCUCAUGUGCAUGUUGCUUCUGAAAUACUCUGCUCAUGGGCUGACUUUGUGCAGCACAAGUCUCUUAUAAUGCACUUACUGGAGACAAUUCCUCUGUGUCCCCAGAAGCAGAACACCAGGGAACAAACCUAGGACUAUGACAUUGGAGUCAUAAACUGCAACUGUUAGGAGGCAUGUAUAUAAACAGGCAAUAAAACAUACAGGCCCACUAGUAAAAAGCCUGUAUAAUUAGGUUAGAUUUCCUGCUGGCACCUUGUUCAGUGUAAAGAAAGUUAAUUUGUUUUCUCUUCCCAAAUGAGAUCUUGCUUCCAUUUUGUGUCUUUCAUGCACAUGUUCCUCUCCGUUUUUGUUUCACUCCAGCAUAUCAGCCCCUCCAUUUUAAAUAUCCUGUGCCCUAAUCCCACUAUAAUAUACUUUCUGCAUAAACGUCACUCUCUGGGGAAAAACUGUUAUUUCAACAUUCACUUUCUACCUCUUUCAUAACUCUGAACUUCCCUUAUGAUCUGCCAGUAAUGUUUUACUAUCCAUCUUAUCAGUUCUCUCUUUUUUUUUUCUAUCUCUUUUUUUUCUUUUUUGCUGAAGAGUGGAAAGGAUGAGAGAGGAGGUACAAUGGGGGAGGUAGGGGAUUCCCAGCAGUCUUAGGGAGCAACAAGUACCAUUCCAACCAUCCAUCUCUCCCAUCUCCCGUGUAUCUAAUCCAAUAUAUCCUUCACUCUCAGUAGGAUUUCCCACAUCUCCCCCACCCAGCCGGUCAACUCUGUCCCGUCAAGUCCACUAAUACUAUGGCAUUUUGGGUUACAUCCCAGUCUGUCUUGAAUAAGGAGUAAGACGCCGUCUGGUGAUAGUCAAGCCAGGACAUCAACUUCUGUAUACACCUUUCUGUGGUGUCCCUCCACUUUGCCGUCAAAAACUCCAUGGUUUAAAUCUUCUCUACCCUAUCCAGCCACCACUGAAAUGGCAGCACACUUGGCUGCCUCCAAUGCAAUAGAAUCAAAGACUCUGCUGUGUUCAGCUGAUGUUUAGUUAGUGAUUUGUUUAAAAUAUUUUGACAGAGGGACUUUGUAUGAUGUCACAACAUUGUCAGUAGACAAAGCGGAAGAUCCGUGUCAGUAAUUUCUAUUAUGGUAUAGUGUAUCCGAUUCCAGUAUAGUAUGAUCACCAAAUGUGGAGACCUGGUUUGACCUGAUCCCCACAUCUUCAGCACACGUUCAAGACCUCCGGGUCAAUGCAAUGAAGCACCUCAUGAGUCCUGCACCAGUUUGUCAGCAACUUAUAGUUUAACUCCUGAUAUUUGGAGUAAAUGGAACUCUGGUGAGUCAAAAUGAAAAUCUGUUACAAUUCUUGGUCAGUUAACAUGACACCUUACUCAGUCUCUCACUAGUUGACAAAGAUUGGGGACUGGCCACUGUGCGCACGCCCCUUUUAGUGAUGCGGCGCACACGUGCCGGUGUCAUGACAUCAGUAUGGCUGAUUAUACUGAGUGUUAAAGCCCUCUCAUGUUUUGGGGGCGUGGUUACUCAAUAACGCCCCCAAACAUGAAAAAGCUUGCUUAGCUCUAUUCACAGUGCCCUCUUGUGGUUCCUGAGAUGACCAAGAGUGAGUUUUAUAUACAUUUCUGUUGUUGUUUUGGUAUUUGAUCCAGCUAUUCUCUGACUAUUCUGUUUUUCAGUGUUCUGUGACCUUGCUCUGGUUUUUCGUUAUAGUGAUAUCUGGCAUGCUUUGACCUUGGCUUGUUUUGAAGUUUAUACUUUAUAUUUUAAGUUCGUUAAGCCUGGCCACUAUAAAGAACACUAUAAAGUAUAGGUACUUUCUUUGUCCCUCAUUGGUGUGUUUAUUUUCUGCGUGUUGGAUCAUAUAUACCAUGACAAUAUCUAAAUCUGUGUAGGUCCUCUCAUGGAAUAGUGCCUCCAGUGACUUACAGGAUUGUGAGUGAUUGGUCUGAGUUAUUGGUCUGAAGGGGCAAGGUGUGAUGGACAGCUUGGAAACGACUCUUAUCAAACCCCAUUCCUUCAGGGUCACUUCAAUAAGGGGGUUAUCCACCUUCUUGGACCUCAUCACAAAGCUGUCACUCCACAGCAAAGAGGGGAGUCUACCCUCUGCCUGCGCCAAUUUUUGAUCCACCCAUAGUUUAGAGGACUCUCGGACAUGCCAAACUGCAAUCCUGAGCAGGUGCGUUGCCCGGCAAUAUGUGGCCAUAGAUUGAACUCCAUACUCUUAAGGAGGAUAAGUUGGGACCUUUGAACAAAAGCUGCACCCAGCCCCCAUAAAAAGGAUAGUAGAUGUAACCAAUUGAAAAUAGGCCCUAUGUAUUUCAAUGGGGAUCGUGUGGAAGAGGUAUAGAAGUCUCGGGUAGAGGUUUAUCAUGAUUGCGUUGCUCCGUCCGAACCAUGAAAUACAUUGCUCAGUCGAGCAAGACAGAUUGGACACCAGUGUUUGCAAUACCAGCUGAAAACUUACUUGAUACAGACAUGCCAAGUCUCUGGGCAACCAUAUCCCAAGAUACUGAAGACGUUCCGCACACCAAGAGAACAGUUACUAUAUACUGGAUACAACCUGAAGUGGGUGUCAUUAACCCGCAUUACCCUUGUACAUGGAAGCCACCCAUGCCUGAAUAUGCAGUUCAAACCCCAUCUGCAGUAGAGUCGCGGAAAGGAACUGCUGGUUCACUCAGUUAAUAGCCCUUUUUACAUUUGUUGAAAGGAGGAGUUCCCUGCCCUCCUUUUGAGCUGUGUGUAUUAUGUUAAGUGACCUGAUGCUGUUGUCCCUUGCCUCACUACCUGGUAUAAUCCACACCUGAUCCGGGUGGACCAGCUCUGGAGGGACCCUACUUAGGCGCAACAUCAGCGCUUGAAAAAUAAAUUCAGACCUGCAUUCAGCAGAGAAAUUUGCCUGCAGCUGGCACCUAUGGAACUGUCCACCAGUGAGGAGGGAAUUCAGACCAUUAGGCAGUUUGGGAAUGAAGACAUUCCUGUAUGUCUUAAUAUACAGGAGCAGAAGGCAAUCUCAUCUUAGAAACAGAAGCAGUUUUUUUCAGAGACAAAUGGGCCUCUAGUUCUUCCACAUCAUCUGGAGACGAUGUACAGUUAAGAUUUUGAUUUAAAAAUUUAGCGAUCCUGUUCCAAUGCUUAAGGUACUCCGUUGCUGAGCAGGUUUGCAUCAGGUCAUAUAAGGUGGUUUAAUAUGAUUUUAAAUGUUUGUAGUAUAUCGGCUAGGAACUAAAAUUUCCUAUCCCCUUGUGUUUUAAUUAUGUGUAUGUGGCAUAACCACCUCCUUUUUUUUUUUUUUGGAGUUAAUAACUAGGGCUAAUAACCUUCCAAACUUUUUAGAGUAUUCAUAAAUAUAGUGGUUGGACUUCUGCAUAGUGUUAAGCAGCUUCUGGGACAACUGAUCAGGUCUCUGUACAUAUCAUCAGACAACAGUGUCAACCCAUGGGUCUAUAAUACAAGGCCUGCAAUCGUGCCCUUAAUGAAGAGAUAUCUAUCCUCGGGAUCAGCUAGUUAAGCUAUACACUUAAACAGGACAGUGUAAGCAAACAGGAUGCCCACCCUUCCCUCGUGUGUUUAGAGUUCCUCUGGUCUUGCAGUGCAGGUGCACGCCCCUCCUUGAAGAGGGUGUCCUGCAAAAAUGCUAUAGACACCUUAUUCACCUUCAGGGCCUACAGAAGGUGAGCGUGUCUCUCAGGGAUGUUCUGCCUAUCAUAAUAGCUUGGUCCAGACCUGGAGUGAAGACGUGAUGUUGAAGGUAAUGACUGAAGAGGAGGAAAAAAAGGGUUGGAGGGAGGUAAAAACCAGGAAGAGAGGGAGAAUAGGAGAAGCUAGUAAGAAGAAUAAAAAAAGGAAAAAACAAUGCAACAGUAAUUUAUGUACACAAGGUGGUGUAUCAGGUGAGGAACGUGUGUGACCAAAACUAGGUCCUAUUCCCCUCCUCUACCUCAUACCAAUAUUCACAAUAGGGCCAGCCUCUGGGAAAUGACAUAAUCAGCUGAUACCGCCACACCAAGUACAGUGUGUUGAGGGCUUUGGAAAUUGAUAAGUUAGUAUCUGCUGCCCCUGGCCCAGUAAGCCGAAUAAAGUGGCCCACUAGUGCAAGAGUGCAUAGGAGACCCACUAUCUUACUAUCAUUAUUGGGUAAGAGUACAGUGUCAUAUCUAUACCUAUGUGAAAAUGGCUUCAUAGUAUAACUGCUAAGAAUAAUGGAUCUCUGCAGGAGGUCCCAAUCUGCCUCCUCUGAGGUAAAACAAUAAUCCCCUGUGCCUUGCUCUUGCCUCUGCCAACAGACAUCCUUCUGCUCAGCACAGGCCUUACUAAAGUGUGAUAGAGUAACAGAAAUUACUUAAUAUUGCAAAAGUGUAUUUAUUUUUCAUUUUCACCUAUAGUGACAUGAAGUAAUUGCAGUUUUCCCAUAAGUGCAAGGCUACAACAAACCUGUAGCACCAGUGCGAGGAGCAAUGCCAGCCAUUUGUCAGUAUGACCACUUGGGGGCACCAUCAAUCCAGGCAAGUCAUGCCCCUCACCCAAAAUCAAAAGAAAUUGCAAUUAAAGUCCAAGUAGGUAGACCAUGUCCACAAAAUCAUGCCCAAUGUCACCAACAAUUCUCACAUAAGCUUUGAUAUUCUCCUGUGUAGACUUAGUAUAAAGUGGCCUGAUGUAUGCUUAGAAAAGUCUGUCGUUUCACGUUCCUUCUCCGUAGUACUGUUGUAAAGAGCAGUUAUAUUAGAAUAUGUGACUUGCUGUCAGCCGAACCACUUAUGACACCUUUCUUGAAAACAAGAAACCAUUGAGUGUCCAUGCAUAGCAAGUGACAGAGCAUACAAUUUCAAGGUGUCUCCAUUCAGCUUGCAAGUUACAUAGACUAGUUUCCCAGAGAUCUUCAAAACGGUCAAGUCCUGCAGUGCUUAUGAUGUACAGUAAGACAGAACUGAAGAGAAAUGCCAUUUUUAGUGCAUAUUGUGUGACUUUGCUGGAUAUUGCAAUCCUACAGGUGGAGUUCCACAAGCUUCCUCAUUGUACUAUAAAAAAAAAAAAACAAUUGCAAAGUUACAAAUAGCCAAGUUGAGACUAUCCAGUUUAGUCACUAAAGUGACAAUUAAAUUGAAUUUACGUUCAAAAUGGCCGAAUUGGAAACAUUCUCAAUGUCAGCUGUGCUUUUAUUUUGGCUACCCUGUUAUUGAAUUUUAAAUUCAAUUUAAAUUCAUUUUGAAUUCUCACUUUAGUAAAUAACCCUGUUUAGUUGAUUUUAGAGAAUGUUUCCAUAUUGGCUUUCCUGACCACUUAGAAUGAAAAUGAAAAACACCUUGUUGGUGAACUAAACAACCUUUCUUUAUUUCCACAGGUCUCUUUGGCGAUGCCCUGGAUGCCAUUGCCUAACUGUGCUUCAUGUCCCUAUUGAUGUAUUCAUUGCCACGGGCAGAGGAUUGCCAAUCGGCAGCCAUCUUAAUGUGAGCAAGGAGGGGUGAGUGUAGAUGCUUCACAGAUCACAGACCACAGACUGACCGGCAUUUGGAAUCUUACAACUUUCUAAUAAAUGCCCUUUAUUAUAAGCAGUGUUUCUGUUUUAUUCCUUAGUGACUAGGAAGUGUAGAAUUUUUUUUGUAACUAAGAAUAUAAUGUAUGGGCUACAUUAGAAUGGUGUUACUGGGUUUAUAUAAAAAAACAGGAAUUGUGGAGAAUUUGUAGUUUAGUGAAUAUACCGAGUGUUUCAGUAAUAUGUGUUCACUGUUAACCCUUCUGCCAUGUGUAGCAGAAAAAAAUGGUGUCUGAGUCUAAUGGUACAGGGGAAUAAUAGCAUUUCCCCAAAGUAUUAAAGGAACACUAUAGUGUUAGGAAUACAAAUGUGUACGCCUCUUUUGCUCAGAUCAUCAUGAUCGAUGAUCUCAGCCAAUUCAAUGCUUUCCCAUAUCAAAGCAGCAGGCGGCUAGUACGUAUGCGCUACAAAACACCACACUGUGCCAAUUCUCUGAUUGAAAUAGUGGAUUUUUACCCCAAUAUUUUGGUGGUAGCAUCUCUAGUGCAUCUCUAGUGCCGGUCAGUAUGACAGCCAGCACAGCAAUGUUUUCAACUGCAGGGGUAAAACGAGUGGGACAUGGCACCCAGACCACUUCACUGAGAUGAAGUGAUCUUGGUGCCUAUAGUGUUCUUUUAAUAUUAUAGUGUUAUAUUCCAUACAAGUGCAUGGAUGCAGAAAUAAAGUCAAAUUAAUAAUUGGUAAUUAACUGCUAAUUAAUCAAAGCCAUUCAGUUCAACAAAUGCAUAGUUUAAAAGCAAGUAAGUAGAUCUCUGACACUGUUCCAAUCAACAAUUUACAAAAUGAUGGCCUUUAAUGAGAAAAAGAGACAGUGCUGAAGUUGCAGGUUCCUGACUUGCCAAUCCAAGUACUUAAAAUCAAUAUUGUUAUUAGUCUAAACAGAUCUAAGUUAAAUGUUUCCUGUUCCAUAUUUUCUGUCCAUGGCUUGUGCUGUUAGCAAUCUUUACAUGACCCAGUUUUAUAAAGAGACCUAGGACCUAUAAUCAUGGGCAACCGUCCCCAGACACUCCACCCUGGAACAUUUUCUUUAAGGAUACUUUGCCAAUAUAAAAUUUUGUUUAAAAGUAUCAUUCAAGAUGAAUUCAACAAACCUACAUGUGCAAAGUAAAUCCGAGGUGGCCAAGAGGCAAAUUCCCUAACUAUAACUGGAGAUCUACUUUAUGACCAUCCCUGGUUUAAAGUAUUGAAAUAUAAGCAAAAUAUGGUGUAAAAUGUGAUAAAAUAGCAGAUAAGAUUGUUGUAUUUUUCUGCUGUGCUGUUUAUUACUGCUAGUAAUACUUUAAUGCAUUAACGUUAAGUAAGUUGAUUCACAAUUUUUUAAAAUUUUUUUUUUUUUUUUAAAAGAGCCCUUGUUUAACAAUUUAAGAAACUUCCUCAAAACUCGGUCAGUAACCUGCUCGUACUACCAGUAAAAUCCUCUAGAUUGCUAAAACUUGACAUUUUGCACUUCUCAGCUCUUAACGUAGGGGAAAAAGUCCCUAUUGCAUUAAUCAGUUCUCCUUAUGAAGAUGCCAUCUCAGCUAACUUUGCUAGUAGUAAAUUCUGUCACUGCCAUGACUUAUAAAUGGAAAGCUCCACUUUAAUUUCUGGCUUCCUGUCCUCCUCAGGAAAAUAGAGACUUGAACAAAAUCCCCCACAGGCCACAUAAAACAAUUAAGUCCCCAAGAACCUCAGUGAAGCCAAAGAGAUAUGAGCGACGUUUAGCUACUUCAUAAACAUAAGGGUCUGUCGUGUAGUUGGUGAUUCAGUCAAACAUACAAUUAGUGUACAUUACAGAACAUUGUACAGCGCUACGGAAUUUUGCUGGCACUAUAUAAAUAAUAAAAUAAUAAUAAAAAAUAAUAGGAGCAGACAAUGGUACAAGCUUAUCUCUAUUAUUAUUACUGGCAUUUACAAAACACCAACAAAUACUGAUGCGCUGUACAAUUUGGAUUGUGGGGGAGGGGGAGACAGUGCAAUAUACAUAGACUAACACAAUAGGCAAAGACGACCCUGUUAAUGAGCAUAAACUAAAAAGCUAAAGCGGGGGCUGACUGCGACUGCCAAGCAAGUAAGACGCAGGUUGAAGGAGCUUCUCGGCCUAACUUUAAAACUAAGCCUAUAACUCAAGCUGUUUUUAGGCAGCCGUUUAUUUUAUUUUUAUUAAUUGGAAAAACACCCUGAUGUAAUGCUGGACUGAAUUUUACUGGUUUCACCAGGUGCUUUGUCGUGCGAGUUGUGACUGAGGCCUGCUAGCUAUCUCCGGCCAGGGGAAGGAAACAAGUCCCUGCUUUCGCUCACCUUAUGCUUUUAUUUGGAUCCCGUUUUUCCCCCUUUGGAGGCUGCCUAAUGUAAAUUCUGUGCAUAUUUUACACGUGUGAGUGCACGCUGCCGACAGAUGUAACUUCCUCUGCCUCCCAUUCCUUCCACACUGAAUUAAGCCCUCCCUAUCCCCUAUGCUAUUAUUUUAAAACCCCGCCCUCCAUUCCCUCCCUCUCACCCUUCUUCCGCUGGCUCAGGGCGUGCUCCUGCUUUCUACACUGGUAAAAUUGAUUCUCUAUGAAAAGCCACUGAUUGGACCUCAGCACGGCUCAAAUGCCGGCUGUACCGGUAAAAUAUCAGCCAGCUAGCAACCAUGAUCACAAACUGCAAGGCAGUGCGUGGCAGGGACUAAUGGAUGUUGUAUCAUAGCAUGUCCAUGGAUAUUAGCAGGAACAUUGCUGUACCUUGUGCUCAAAUAAAGAAUGAAACAUGCCAAAUUGGAGUUGCACUCUAAUGAAUGCAGUCCUGUUUCAAAGAUUUAUUUUAUGUUUUGUGUGACAGUCACGAGCAACAUUUUAACCUUGACUUCUUAGCAGUGCAUCCAAUUGCAACAUUUUUGUACUUAGAAUAGAUAACCAUUACAGAUAGGGUGAUUUUUUUUUUUUUUUUCAUUUGUAGAAAAUCUAAUCUAGCCUUUUUUCAUACAGAGUAACUAAGAAUUGCAAAAUUGUAACAAUUCCAAAUGUUCUAGAAAUCAAACUCUUAAAACAUGAACACUGAAACAGUUUUUUUUAUUUUUCUUUUCUAUCAUCUUCCUUUUGUAAGAUUAGUUUUAUGAGUACAUGCAGACAGGUUUUAGUGCAGCAUAUUAUAUAUAUAUAUAUAUAUACAUAUUAUAUAUAUGUAACGUCAUACAAAGUGUAUUUUAAUAUUAAUAUAAGUACAUAUAUUAGUAUUAAAAUACACUUAGAAUGACGUUACAUAUAUAUAAUAUGUAUAUAUAUUAUAUAUAAUAGAUAUAUACACAUAUAUUAUAUAUAUAUAUACGUAUCAUUACAAUAAUAAAUAAAUAAAAUAAAUAAAAUAUUGAAACAAAAUUUAAUAUAAAUUAUAUAUUCGUAUGUAAUCUCAUUCUAACUGUAUUUUGUUAUUUUUAUAUAUAUAUAUAUAUAUAUUUUUUUUUUAUAUAUAUAUAUAUAUAUAUGUAUAUAUAUUUAUAUAUAUAUAUAUGUAUUGGUAACAAAAUACACUUAGAAUGACAUUCUAUAUAUAUCUAUCUAUAUAUAAAAUACAAAUAACCGCAUAUAUAUAUAUAGAUAAAUACAUAUAAUUACAUAAAAGAUUACAUUAGUAUACACAUAGAAUUUAAAUACCUAUAAAUGCAUAUAUAUUAAAAUUCUACAUGUAUAUUUAAGUAAUCUUUUAACAUAAUUAUGUGAUUUGAUUAAUUAAAAUUUGAUUGACAUGCCUGACAACACAGGGAGAAAGUGCAGAGAAUUUAAUUCACAAGCACUAUAUUUGACCCUUUAACUCUCCAAGAUACCAUAAAACCUGUACAUAGGGGGUACUGUUUUACUCGGGAGACUUCGCUGAACUCAAAUAUUAGUGUUUCAAAAUGAUAAAUUGUAUUACAACGAUAUUUUAAGUAAAAGUGCAGUUUUUUGCAUUUUUUACAAACGAACGGCACUUUUAUGGACUAUAUUAUUGUUGUAAUAUGUUUUACUGUUUUUAAAACACUAAUAUUUGUGUUUAGUGAAGUCUCCCGAGAAUAACCGUACCCCCCAUGUACAAGUUUUAUGGUGUUUUGGAAAGUUAGAGAGUCACAAAUAAGGCUUGCAUUUCAUUUUUGACAUUGAAAUUUGCCAGAUUGGUGAUGUUGCCUUUGAGAGCGUAUGGGGGUAAUUCUCAUUCCUGGGCUACCACACCAUCUCAAAGGUAACAUUACUAAUCUGAAAAUGUAAUGUGCUAUAUUUUACCCUGUAACUUUCCAAAACACUGUGAAAAAAAACUGUUAAUGGGGGGUACUGUUGUACUCGUGAGACAUCGCUGAUUACAAAUAUGUGCAUUUUUUUGCAGUAAAACCUAACAGUACUAUGACAUUAACAGCUAAAAUGUCAGACGGAAAUACAAAUUUAAAAAAAAAUAAAAUCUUAUUUUCUCACUUUUUUUUUAAUUUUAUUCAUAAUAAAUUAUGUUCCAUAUAUGAAUAGUUAAUGAUAAAUUAAAGCCCUGUUUCUCCUGAAUAAAAUGAUAUAUAAUAAGUGUGAGUGCACUUAAAGGACCACUAUAGUGCCAGGAAAACAUACUCGUUUUCCUGGCACUAUAGUGCCCUGAGGGUGCCCCCACCCUCAGGGUCCCCCUCCCGCCCGGCUCUGGAAGGGGUAAAAACUUACCUUUUUCCAGCGCUGGGCGGAGAGCUCUCCUCCUCCUCUCCGCCUCCGUUACGCCCCGCCGGCUGAAUGCGCACGCGCGGCAAGAGCUGCGCGCGCAUUCAGCCGGUCUCAUAGGAAAGCAUUUGCAAUGCUUUCCUAUGGACGCUGGCGUGCUCUCACUGUGAAAAUCACAGUGAGAAGCACGCAAGCGCCUCUAGUGGCUGUCAAUGAGACAGCCACUAGAGGAUUAGGGGGAAGGCUUAACCCAUUCAUAAUUAUAGCAGUUUCUCUGAAACUGCUAUAAUUAUGAAAAAAUGGGUUAACCCUAGAAGGACCUGGCACCCAGACCACUUCAUUAAGCUGAAGUGGUCUGGGUGCCUAGAGUGGUCCUUUAAUGUGACAGCGGUGAAUUACGAUUGAACAGACAUAUAGCGCAAAUUCCAGUUUUUGUUUACGUUUUGUUUUGAUCAGAACAUGUACUAUUGACUCCGUCCUAAAGGGGUUAAGGAUACCAAAUUAGGAGCUAUCUACUAAACACAUACACAUGUAUAUACAUAAUCACAGAUAUACAUAGACACACAUAUAAUCAGAGACCUAUGCACAGACAUACACACACUCACAUACACCCAUAAUUACAGACAUGCACACACACAAAUCUCAUUCAAACACACACAUUUAGUAAUUAAGGAGUCCACCCAGUCUCCAUACCUUGCUCUGGGAGGGCUGAAGUGGAUCGUUUCCCUGUUGGCCAGUGGAUCACUGUGCUCUUCCUGCACAGGUACCUCGCCUGCCCAGUAGUGAUGCCGAUGAUGUCAAAUCCCAGCUGCCUCCUCACUGCAGGGCACACCAGGGAGCUCUGUAGAAAGAGCACAUUAAAGGACCACUAUAGGCACCAAGGCUCAAUGAAGUGGUCUGGGUGCCAGUGUUAUGUUUCACUGCGGGUUAAUCCAGCCGCUAGAGGCGCUUCCGCAAUUCUCACUGAAUAUCACAGUGAGAAGACACUGGACAUCCAAAGGAAAGCAUUGAGUAAUGCUUUCAUAUGGGCUGUUUGAAUGCAUGCGGCUCUUGCCGCGCAUGCGCAUUCGGAUCUAACGUCGGCAAGGGGUGGAGAGUUCCCCAGCUCCGAGGGAGCCCGGCACUGGAGAAUGGUAAGUGACUGAAGGGGUUUUAACCCCUUCAGCCCAGCGAGAGUGGGGCCCUGAGGGUGGGGGGGGGGGAGGGGAGGGGGGACCUAAUGACCCUUUAGUGCCAGGAAAAUUAGUUUGUUUUACUGCCACUAUAGUGCUCCUUUAAGUAAUGGGCUCCCUGCCUCCCUUGCUGCCCGGCAGCCCAGAUGGUAACUGGGCCACAUUACAAGCAGUUCCGGGCUGCAGGUUGGACACGCAUGCCCUAAAUGAUCUCUAUACAAUGCUGUUCAGGUUCCUAUAGUAACCUAUAGUGUCUAAUGCUUUUUUAUGCUGUCACGCAGUGAUAAAUCAUUUAAAUAAGUAAUUCAUAAUUAUUUGCACUGAACCCCUAGAACUAGGUGUGUCAGCACUUGGACAAUCCAUAUUCGCUCUAGCAAACCCUACAGGAGGUAAUCUAAAAAUCUAUUUGUAUAAUUGCUAAUGUAUGCAAAGUGCCCUAGAUAAGGGUGCUAUGUAAGCACAGUUAAAUAAAUGCAUACAUUUCAUCAUAUCCUGACCAGCUUACUGCCAGUAGCCUAUUCUCCUCUGUACCUAGAGCAAGAGAUCACAAGGCCCAUUCAAAAGCACUUAUUUUGAGAUCCUUAAAAAUUAUUUUUUCAAAAGGAUGUUAGGGUUUUUUUUGGUCUCAAACUUCUCACCUCUUUUCUUACGUAUCCGUUCUUUUUUCUUUUGAAAUUCCAACACAGUCAAAAGAUAUAUUGAGACAAAGUAAGGAAUAUAUAUAUAUAUAUAUAUAUAUAUAUAUAUUUCCUAUACCUGAAACUUCUAGACACUGGAUGAAGCUACCGCCAUGUAGAAGUGUCAAUCAGGGAAUUGGCUCUGUCUAUGGAGGAUCUCGCAGGAUCAUCCAUUGAUCUCAAUGCUGUCAGCAGUUGCGUCGGCUCCAGGCGCUGAAAUGCUAGGAUCUGAAGAGGAUAUGCUGGAGAUAGAUGGCCGCACCCAUGAGAGACCGGUUUAGGUAAGUAGAACCCACAUUUAUCUGCGCCCUCUGGCCACUAGACCCCCAGACUGGGGGUCUUUGGGAGUUAUGCAAAGUCCCCAGGCAGUGACAGUGUCGCUUUAAAAAGCCUGAUUCUGGCUUAUGCUGCAAACAGUGGAGAGUGGAAAAUUGUAAAAAGGGAAGCACCUCUCAGCUGGAGGGGGAAAAAAAGAUCAGAUAGGGGCCAGAAACAGUAGAAAAGGAGAUGAAGAAUAGAUUGAGAAAAGAUUGAUAAGAUAGUGGAGGCACAAGACAGAGUGAACAGAAGUACAAAGACAACAGACCGUAUAGAUAAAGAGAAAUUAAGUAGUAAUAGAAUAGACGGCUCCCUGCCUCCAGCUCACACACUGGUGUGAGAUGGUAGAUGGGGGAGAAUGGUUAAUACACAAUACAUUAGUAAGUUAUAGUGUUCUAAAUGCAAGUCUUGACAAAGGCAAAGGAUAGUGCCGAAACUUUGUCUUUUUCUCUGAACUUCAAAAAAAAAAAAAAAAAAUGCCUGUUAAUAAGAAACCAUUGGGUGUGCCCAGUCGUAUGUAAUUGUCCCAGUUGGAUUGACUGGGAGUUUGCCCUCCUGGUUUGGAGCAAUCCAGUUGGAGUAUUCCCCUAGUGAGUGUGUGCAUGACCUCUUACAUUCUAGAACUAAUAUCUCUAUCUGAAAUGCUGCACAUACAGAUUACUUGCAUCAUGCCUAAUGCAGAAAUGGUCAUGGUGGUUGCAGUAACGUUUUAAGGUGUAGCUGUCAUGUCUGACCAUGUGAUACCUGUUUGCUUAUGUAAAUGUGUAAAUUGAGGAUAAUUGGAUUAAAUGGCAAACAUGAUUCUCUGAUACCCAUUGCAAUUAUUUACUUUUUUUUUUUUUUUUAAAUCCACUUAAGUAAAUACUGGUCAAAUUGAUAUGCAGAUCUGUGUAAUAAUGUAUGGGAAAGCUUAUCUUCACAGACAGUGAUUUUGUGUGUUUGUUUUUUUGGUUUUACCCUUUGAUUUGAAAGUGUUACAUGAUGAGUUGCAGUGAUAACUUUGCAUGCAAGUCAGUUUUUUUUUCCAGCAGAAUUUUAUCUAUAAACAAAAUUUUAUAGAAGUUGCCUUUGCCAAAUAUAGAAAUAAGUGUUUAUUUACACAGCUGGAAGAAAGGUCAAUAGGGCAUUAAGCAUAGAAAAAUUAUAACAUGUUUACUUUAUGAAAAACACUUUUAUUUUUUAUUUUUUUAUAUCAAAUUAAAGUUAAAGCACCCUAGUUAAAACAGCUUACUGCAGUGGUUAUGGUGCUAGGGAUUAAAUGGAUUCUACACUGUAAGGAAUACAAAGUUGUUUUCCUUACACUAUAGUUCCCUCUCCCCUGCACCCCCUCCCCCCAGCUGCACAGAAAGGGUUAAAAAAAAUUAUUAUAAUGAGGAAAUCUAACUAUCCAAGUAUGUGUAGUAAGCGACUGUGAGGGCUGGUGUACAAGGCUAUUGGAUUGCAGAAUUGACACAGGUUCCUACUUUAGUGGCAUACACAUUCACAUUGUGGUAUUUGGCUGUGCUGAAAGUAUGUGCAGCAAUACAAAUUGUCCAAAUUGUGCUUUACCCAGCCCCUAGUCCUCUGAUCUGCUCACUGUAUGUCCAGGAGUUUGGACAGAUAAUAAAGAAAUAACCCCUUAAGGACGGAGGCAAUUGUACAAGUUCUGAUUAAAACAAAACCUGGAAUUUGACUAUAUGUCUGUAUAUAUCAUUUUGUUCAGGAGAAACAGGGCUUUCAUUUAUGAACUAUAACUGUAUAGGAAUAAAAACAGAAAAAGUGUGAGAAAUAAUUUAUUUUAUUUUCCUAGUUCUGCAUGGCAUUUUACUGGUGAAUGUAAUACUACUGCUAGUUUUUAUCACACACGUACACACAUAUAUUGUGUUCUGCUAUGCCUCACGAGUACAACAGUACCCCCUAUGUACAAGUUUUAUGGGGGUUUUGAAAGUUACAGGCUCAAAUAUAGGGCUGUCCCCUGUCCAGUUUUUGCACAUUGAAAUUUGCCAGAUUGGUUAUGUUGCCUAUGAGACCAUAUGGAAGCCCAGGAAUACAAAUUAAAAAUGGGGUAAGUCACUUCUUUUUUAGUAGCCACUUGGUCACAAACCAAAGUUAGCAUCUAAAUUUGUUUUUUUGCAUUUUUUUUUUACACAAAAACUGAAUUUUCACUGAUAUCAUCCUUGUGAUACGUUUUACUGUUUUAAAACACUCAUUUAUAUUCAGUGAUGUCUCCAAAGUACAACAGUACUCCCCAUGUACAGGUUUUAUGGUGUCUUGGAAAGUUACAGGGUUAACUAUAGGCAGGGCCGGAUUAACAUAGGGGCUGAUGGAGCUGCAGCUCCAGGCCCAGGCCCAGGCCCAGGCCAAUGGAAUAGGCCCCAAAAAAAUGUACAAAAAAAAAAAAUGUUUUUUUUUUUUUAAUACACUGCACUUAGGUUUGCCACCUGACUGGUAUUUUAAGGCACAGCCGGUAUUUGAGGCUGCAUGGCCGUGAUGGUAUUGCAGUAAUACCGAAAUACAAAUGCAAAUAUUUUUUUCAGUAUAAAUGGAGAUUACUCUGCAAUACCAGCACCGGCCAGUAGGGGUCACUAAGUAUGGAGAGAGGCAGGGAUAAGAAGUUACAGCAUCUCCCUGCCCCUCUCUACUCACUGAUCUGCGGGGAGCAGUUACACAGCACAGAGAGUCCAGACAGCAGCUCCCAGCCUGCAGAGAUAGACUACAGUUCAGGUAUGUGAAGGAUGGUGGAAAGGCAGCAGGGAGACAUGGGGACACUGAGACACUAGAGGACACUGAGAGACUUGGGGACACUGGGAGACUAGGGGACACUGGGAGACAUGGGGACACUGAGAGGCAUAAGGAGACACAUUGGGACAUGGAGACACUAGGGACACAGUGUCUUCAUGUCUCCCAGUGUCCCCAUGUAUCCCAGCCAGUGUCCCUAGUGUCUGUGUCCCCUAGUCUCCCAGUGUCAGUGUCCCCAUGUUUCUCAGUGUCCCCAUAUCUCCUGGUGUCCCCAAAUGUCUGUGUCCCCAUGUCUCCCAGCCAGUGUCCCUAGUGUCUCAGUAUCCCCAUGUCUCCCAGUGUUCUCAUGUCUCCCAGUGUCCCCAAAUGUCUGUGUCCCCAUGUCUCCCAGUGUCCCCAUGUCUAUGUCCACAGGUGCCCCAUGUUUCCCAGUGUCCCCAAGUGUCUGUGUCCCCAUGCCUCCCAGCCAGUGUCCCUUAGUCUCCCAGUGUCUGUUUUCCCAUGUAUCUCAGUGUCCCUAGUGUCUUAGUUUCCCCAAAUGUCUGUGUCCCCAUGUCUCCCAGUGUCUGUGUCCCCAUGUCUCCCAGUGUCUGUGUCCCCAUUUCUCCUAUUGUCCCCAAAUGUCUGUGUCUCCAUGUCUGUAUCCACAAGUGCCCCCAUGUCUCCCAGUGUCCCCUAGUAUCCUAGUGACACGGGACACACUGAAGCAUGGGACACUGGGAAAAAUGGACACAGACACUGGGAGACUAGGGGACUGGGCGACAUGGGGACACUGAUACUAUGAUACAUAGGGACACUGAUGUCAGACUGGCCUUCCAAUUCUUGCCCCCUUUAGGCAGUUCUGGUCACGUGAUUUGUCAGUGGCCCACCCUUUUACCACGCCCAUUGACUUCCUGCUUCACUGGACACUGCUAUUAGGGGGUAUGGAUUCACUUGAAAGAUGAAAGCAUAAAUUAGAUAAAGAGAUUAGCAUAGAGUAUGUGUUUUCCUAUAGCUGCAUCCUUUGAGUUUCCCUCCAACACCAACUCCACAAGAUACAUGACACUUGGGAGGUAUGACUGUUUUAGUGUUUUUGGGUCGAUAAGAUUCUGUAAUUAGGCCCCAUCCUAUUUGUCAGCACCAGGCCCACUGGGCUAUUAAUCUGGCCCGGACUAUAGGGCAUGAAAUUUAAAUUCUCAGGACUUUCUUACUGGGUUGUCAGGCAGGUCCCUCAAAUUGUAAUUAGUAAAAUCACAUAAUUAUGUAAAAAGAUUACCUAAAUAAACAGGUAGAUUUCUCUCUAUAAAUCUACCUUUAAAUCUAUAUAUUUAAAGUCUACGUGUAUAUUUAUGUAAUAUUACAUAUACAGUUGCAAGAAAAAGUAUGUGAACCCUUGUGUAGAUCAUUUUCGAUAUUUUUUUUUUAUUCUCUACAUGCACAGUAUUGAGGUGGUAAAGUCCAGCAUAUGCCCAGCCUGAACUUAGUGAUAUUUGAAUACAGUUGCAAGAAAAAGUAUGUGAGCCCUUUGGAAUGAUAAGGAUUUCUGUACAAAUUGGUCAUAAAAUGUGAUCUGAUCAUCAUCUAAGUCACAACAAUAGACAAUUACAGUCUGCUUAAACUAAUAACACACAAAGAAUGAAAUGUUGCCAUGUUUUUAUUGAACACACCAUGUAAACAUUCACAGUGCAGGUGGAAAAAGUAUGUGAACCCUUGGAUUUAAUAACUGGUUGAACCUGCUUUGGCAGCAAUAACUUCAACCAAACGUUUCCUGUAGUUGCAGAUCAGACGUGCACAACGGUCAGGAGUAAUUCUUGACCAUUCCUCUUUACAGAACUGUUUCAGUUCAGCAAUAUUCUUGGGAUGUCUGGUGUGAAUCCCUUUGAGGUCAUGCCACAGCAUCUCAAUUGGGUUGAGGUCAAGACUCUGACUGGGCCACUUCAGAAGGUGUAUUUUCUUCUGUUUAAGCCAUUCUGUUGUUGAUUUACUUUUAUGCUUUGGGUCAUUGUCCUGUUGCAACACCCAUCUUCUGUUGAGCUUCAGCUGGUAGACAGAUGGCCUUAAGUUCUCCUGCAAAAUGUCUUGAUAAGCUACAUUUUUUUCUUGGAUGAUAGCAAUCCGUCCAGGCCCUGACGCAGCAAAGCAGCCCGAAACCAUGAUGCCCCCACCACCAUACUUCACAGUUGGGAUGAGGUUUUGAUGUUGGUGUGCUGUGCCUUUUUUUCGCCACACAUAGUGUUGUGUGUUUCUUCCAAACAACUCAACUUUUGUUCCAUCUGUCUACAGAAUAUUUUGCCAGUACUGCUGUGGUACAUCCAGGUGCUCUUGUGCAAACUGUAAACGUGCAGCAAUGUUUUGUUCUGUGGUAUCCUCCCAUGAAAUCCAUUCUUGUUUAGUGUUUUACGUAUUGUAGAUUCUUAGCAUUUGCCAGUGACUUAUGUAAGUCUUUAGCUGACACUCUAGGAUUCUUCUUCACAUCAUUGAGCAGUCUGCGCUGUGCUCUUGCAGUCAUCUUUACAGGACGGCCACUCUUAGGGAGAGUAGCAGCAGUGCUGAACUUUCAUCAUUUAUAGACAAUUUGUCUUACCGUGGACUGAUGAACAGCCAGGCUUUUGGAGAUACUUUUAUAACACUUUCCAGCUUUAUGCAAGUCAACAAUUCUUAAUCGUAGGUCUUCUGAGAGCUCUUUUGUGUGAAGCAUCAUUCACAUCAGGCAAUGCUUCUUGUGAAAAGCUAACCCAGAACUGGGGUGUUUUUUUAUAACCAACACCUCCAAUCUCCUCUCAUUGAUUGGACUCCAGUUGGCUGACAUCUCACUCCAAUUAGCUCUUGGAGAUGUCAUUAGUCUAGGGGUUCACAUACUUUUUCCACCUGCACUGUGAAUGUUUACAUGGUGUGUUCAAUAAAAACAUGGCAACAUUUCAUUCUUUGUGUGUUAUUAGUUUAAGCAGACUGUGAUUGUCUAUUGUUGUGACUUAGAUGAUGAUCAGAUCACAUUUUAUGACCAAUUUGUUCAGAAAUCCAUAUCAUUCCAAAGGGUUCACAUACUUUUUCUUGCAACUGUAUAUAUUUGUUUAAUUUUAAAAUUGUUUUUAUUUAAAUAUAUAAUUUAUUUACAAGUGUAUUUUGAUACGAAUAAAUAUAUAUUAUAUAUAUAUAUAAUCUAUCUUAAAGUACAGUAAGAAUUAAAUUGUAUAUACAUAUAGUAGUAAUUUCUGGCACUCUUCCCUUUUUGAUUGAAAACCUCAAUACAAUACCAGGGUGCUUCCCAGCACAUUAAAUAUAUCCAAAAGUAAACAAGAGCACUCAAUGGUUUUGGAAGUGAAAAAAAAUGUGUAUUCACAGUCGUAUAUACAGAGCAAUGUUUCCGCUGACAAACCGGCCUUUAUCAAGAUCUUGAUGAAGGCCGGUUUGUCGGCCGAAAUGUUGAUCUGUAUAUGUAACCGUGAAUUCACAUUUUUUUCACUUUCAAAACCAUUGAGUGCUCUUGUUUGCUUUUUGGAUGAUUAUAUAUAAUUUUGCUUUAAUUAUUUUUAUUUAUUUUACAUAUAUACACACAUAUUUAUAUUAAUAUAAAAAUAUAUUUAGCAUGAAAUUAUAUAUAUCUCUUUGUGCCAUAAUAACUUUACUUGAUUUUUCAGCCUUUUAGGGAGACUGCCUGACCUCGCAGGCAAGUAUCGACCUGACCCCUCUGUCCAGUGCUCCGUCUCACAGUCAAGAUGUAGACCCCUCUGCCUGUCCUGCUUGCAACUUUGUGAAAGAAUAGUGCAGCCAGCAAGCAGGUCUGAAAACUCUGCUACUGGAUUUCCUGAACAAACUAGACGGGACACACAGUUUCCAAUGAAACUAGCACACAAUACUUUAUUUUUGACAAGGAGUAGCCUUUGGUGACUUGUCCUUAAACCUGUACAGGUGAAAUACAAGUAAAUACAAAGUUGAAAUAACUGGUAAUAAACAACAUACUAAAAAUGUAAAAUAUCAAUACAAUGAUUUGGUUUUAUAUAUAUAUAUAUAUAUAUAAUAUUCUUAAUAGAG